AUGGCAGACGCAUCGACAGUUGCGCCGUACGGAAAAUGGGACAGUCCCAUCACUGCCGAGCAUCUCUCCGGCGACAGUAUUCAUCUUGAAGGAGUGCAGGCGAAUCCAUUAACCGGAAAACUUUUCGUUCUCGAGUCACGCCCUGCAGAAGGUGGAAGAUAUGCUGUUGUGGAGUUGACUGAUGCCUCUGCAAAAGAUGUUUUGGCCCCGAAGUAUAGUGCUAUGGGCACAAUUCACGAAUACGGCGGUGGUUCCAUUGCAAUGCACCCCAAUGGCCGCUUACUCUUCACCAAUCAUCCAAAUAAUGGCAUUUUUCUGUUAGACCCUGCAUCUGGGCAGGUAGAGACCGUGGUGGCUCCUGAUGCGGACGUGCGCUAUGGCAAUUUUAAUGUUCAUCCUACGGCUCAGGAAUGGAUUGUUGCCGUCCAAGAGACUCACACUAAAGAUUCUCACGGUAGCACGACUGUAACAAAUACGAUUGUCGCUAUUCACGUCCCAACGGCAAAUGUGUCUAAUAUCGUACAGGGUGCGGAUUUUUAUCAGCAUCCACAAUUCAGUCCAGAUGGCAGCCAAAUCUGUUGGACACAAUGGGAUCAUCCCGACAUGCCUUGGACCGGGACACUACUAUGCAUAGCUUCUUGGGAGCCCAACAAACUAUUGGAGGGUAAUCUGGUUUCAGGUCAAGCUGGUGUCGAGAGCAUUUGUCAACCAAGAUGGAGUAUAGAUGGCACUUUAUUCUAUGUUAGUGACAAGUCCGGUUAUUGGCAAUUGUAUCGGUUUGACGGAGCCGUGUCGAAUCACAUUCAUCUUGAUGGACUAGAGUCUGCCGAGUUCGGAAGCAGAGAGCCUUGUCUUGCGAAUUGCACCUAUAUCCAGCUAGAUGAGGACACUCUUGUCGCGUCUGCUAUCAAAAGCGCAACAUCUAAUCUAAUAUUGAUUGACCUAAACACUAAUUCAUGGAAAGACUUAUCCUUGCCUAUCGUCGAGAUUCAAAAGAAUGCUCUCGCGCGUAUCUCGUCUUCAUCCUUUGCCGUCAUAGGAAGUACUCGGACUACCCCGCAGGCGCUCUAUCGGGUCGACUUGGGCAACAGUGCUUCUACGAAGCUACUUAGAUCAACUAUACAGCUUGACAUACCUGAAUCAGUCAUCUCACAGGCGCGACACAUCAAAUUUCCGCGAGUUUACAGUAAAGGAAACGCCGGAUCUGCGAACGCUUGGCUUGUCGAAUCUAAGAACAGUGCAUUCAAAGGGCUGGAAGGAACAAAGCCUCCCUUGUUAGUGUGGAUGCAUGGUGGCCCAACAUACCAUGUUUCACCGGGGCUUUCUCUGACUACCCAAUACUGGACAUCACGCGGCUAUGCCUAUGUGCUUGUCAAUCAUGUUGGGUCCACCGGUUACGGGCGUGCUUACCGUGAGCUCCUUGACGGCCAAUGGGGCGCUGCCGACAUUGAAGAUGCAGCUAGCUGCGUUGCAUAUCUCAGUUCCGAAGGCAUAAUUGAUCCUACUAAGGUUGGAAUUGUUGGUGAGAGCGCUGGCGGCUACGCAGUCAUGCAAGCUCUUUACAUAUACCCGGAAAUCUGGGCUGCUGGAAUGAGCAUUUAUGGAAUUUGCAGCUUGCCGGAAUUUGCAGAAACGACUCAUAAAUUUGAAAGUCAUUAUAUUGACUCUCUUGUGCUAGGCAAAGGAGAUAAAAGCAAGGAGGAAAUAGAGGCCAUCUACAAGAGCCGCAGUGCGGUUUAUCAUGCGCAGAACAUUAAGGCGCCACUAUUGCUCUUGCAAGGAAACGUCGAUACAGUUGUUCCGGCGUGGCAGGCUACGCGCAUGGAGGAAAAAAUGCGCGAACUCGGGAAAGAUAUCCAGGUUGUGAUGUUCCAGGGAGAAGGGCAUGGGUUCCAUAUGGCCAAGACGAUUAAAGCUUCAACCGAGAUACAGACUAAGUUUUGGAUGGACAAGCUUCUUUAG